UCGGGGUCAGAACGGUCAUUUCCAUCUAGUUGAGUUUCGUCAAGGAUGCCUACUUGUUGCGUCGUCGGAUGUGAAAAUCGCACCAGCUCUGGAGUUAAUUUUUUUAGGAUUCCUGCAGGAUCUCAUCCAUUUCAAAAGAAUAGACGAAAUCUGUGGCUGCGAGCAAUUAAACGUGCAGAUUGGGACAAUGCAAAGGUUAAAGAGGCUCGUGUUUGUAGUGCUCACUUCAUUUCAGGAGAGGCGUCACUUGAUUCCAGUAGUCCUGACUUUGUUCCCUCAUUGUUUGUGUACAAAAAACAAACGCAGAUACCUCAGGCAAAAAUGGAAAGGUAUCACAGGAAAAUGAAGAGAGAUGAAUACCCUAAAAUGCAACCUGCUCCUUCCACGGCUGAAAUGGAACAAGACUGUCCCAUUGAUCAUUGCAAUGAUGAGGAGGAAGCUGAAGUGAACCACCCAGUGUCGAGUAUUGAGGUAAGUCACCAAGCCCUUCCUCUAGAGGACCAAUUGUUGAUGGUCUUGAUGAAAUUAAGGAUGGGCCUCAGGUGGGGUGGACGGGUUUCUGAUAAACAGAUCACCAAAGAGUCAGGUUUCCUGGAACUGUUGGAGCCUAUGGAUGAGGUUUUAGCUGAUAGGGGAUUUUUAAUACGGGAUGAGCUUGCAGCAAUUGGUGCCACUCUUCGUAUCCCUCAUUUUACUAAAGGGAAAAAGCAACUGUCUGCAGGAGAAGUUGAUAUGCUAGAUGAUGUAGUGAUUGUGUGCGCUGCACUAACAAACCUCUGUAAAAGUGUGGUUCCCAAAGGCAGAAUUUCCAAAUAA